AUCAAGUCGGUCCAGGUCGCCGUUGUGUCGUCGCUGUUAAGUUGUGCAUGCGCCCGGGUGGCAAAUGCCUUAAUUCUACGCGGUACGACUCUUACCAGCAAUAGUGGUGCGCGGCUUCAAAGACGUAGUGCAUAGGAAUGAUUUUGGUCAUCUUUGCGAGGUGAUGUGAUAAUAUUGUUGUCAUUAUUAUGUGACCAAACUGUUACGAUGGGCUCACUGCCGAAUUUGCACGAACUAAGUAAGGAGCGACCAGGAGCCACUUGUAAACCGAGGCUUAUCCCCUUAGAAUGCGACUAUCAUGGCAUGGGAAACUCUCGAACACAACACAGGUGGUUAAAGCAAACCAAUAGCUUGUGUAUGAGUAACUUCCAUGGAAUUGUUUCACCCGACAAACUAACUGAUGGGCAGAUUAACGAGAAACCAUUUUCGCCAACGUCUCUCCGGUCAACGCUUUCGACAACUCACCGUCAAAUAUCAAUUACGAACGUGACAUCGGUCAAAAGACGAGACUCGUUAUCUAGCUCUGCGGGGGCUUCAUCAGUGCGUCGCCUUAUUGAAGUAGUCCGUACUACUCCGUCCAAUAUGGGGCCUGUGUACAGUCGUCGGCUGUUGUGUCGAAACUAUGUGACACUGUGUCUGGGCCAUGGUGCUUCAACCGCUGCGUUAAUACCAUUUUUAGCAUUACAGGGUUCGAUAUCUGCAUGGUGGUGGCCAAACGAGCUGAAGCAGAACAGUGGAUUUGCUACAGUGACAACAGACAUAGGAUCAAUAUUACUAUCUGCUAUGUUUGGUAUGGCGGCUAUAAGUGCCUUGAUAGGUCCAACUGCGGUUCAUCGAUUAGGUACAAGAAGUUGUCUAGUAGUCGGCUAUGUAGUAGCAGUGGCUUUCGUAGGAGUGCAUUUAUAUCCUAAAGUCUCUAUUCUAUUACCUGGGUAUUUUUUAAUGGGAGCUUGGUUGGGUUGCUGGACGGCAUCGCGAACGGCCAUUUUGAUGACUUUAGCAUCGAAAAUGGCUUACGUGCUAUCGGAUCGAGAGGAAUGCGAGCUGGAAGGCAAUGGUCGUCGGGUAGCUGUUGCCAGAAAUCUCGCGAGAGGACUUCAAGUAGCUCAUGACGUGGGGUUAAUUGCAGGCAAUGCAUUUGUAGCAUAUAUGAUUCGGGGCACUCGAGGUGACGAAAUUCUUGGUACGAUGUUCGCAAACGAUAACGAGGGACCUGAUAGAACGUGUGGUAGCGUUGCUUGUCCUCUAGUCAAUACCAUGAAAAUUAUUUUAAGACCAACAAAUUCGACCAACCAAACCGAUAUAGUCGAUGUUCGGAAUUUUAUGGUUUUGCCAUGUAAGACAACACAACUAUUAGCAAGCGUUUUUGCUGGAUGCUGUUUCGUUGGUGUAGCUGUCACUGCAACGUUCAUGACUCGUAUUCGUUUGUUUGUUUACGCGUCUGCUUCUGAAAAACGCAAAGCCAACGGAGCCCGUUCUUUUACUGCCAUUCGCGAGGCGUUUCGCAACACUAAGUUGCAGCUUAUCGCUCCUCUGUCCGUGUUCAUCGGCCUCGAACAAGGAUUCAUAUACUCCGACUUUACUAAGUUUUAUGUAGUUUGUUCAGUCGGAGUAUCAAAUGUGCCAACUGUGAUAUUAAGUUUAGGGCUCUUACAGCUGAUAGCCGGAUUCACCGUUAGUUUAAUAUUACAACACAUAAGAAGAUAUCACAUUAUAGUGAUCGGAUUUGCGUUUCAUUCUUGUUUACUUAUGGUACUUAUGAAAUGGAAACCGUCAGGAGACGAUGCCGCAUUACUGUACGUCAUAGCCGCCGCAUGGGGUGUUUGCAAUGCCAUUUGGAAUACGCUUUGUUUUAACUUUGUGAUAUCUCUAUAUCCGGAAGUCUGGCAUGGCCCUAUGGCGCACGGCUAUUUUUUCCGGUAUUUAGGAAUGUCAAUGGCUUUUGGACUUCAUAGUAUUCUAUGCAAUACGAUAAAAUUGUAUUGUCUAUCGGCUGCAUUAGUGUUAGCGGUUUUUUUGUACGGAUGGUUGGAAUGGCGAUUGCAGCAGACUGGCAAAAGACGAAGAAUGGCCCGUUUAUGACGAUCGACAGGGGUGACCAGUAAGUAGCUACAUGCUGUCACCCCUAGUAAUGUCAACUGCCAGAAAGUGAUUGAAACAAGUGAUUUAAAUCCUGAAAUAAUCAAUAAUUUUCAAAUUUGAUAAAAAAUCGUGUUGAAAAUUCGUGAAAGUAUAUAAUUUACCUUACAAGUAGCCGUAUUAUAUAUACCAACAUCAAAGUGAUAUAAUAUGAUGCAGUAUUUUUUGGUGUAUAGCACACUAUUGCACUACGUGAUUAUUUCAUGAUAAAAUAAUAACAUUAAGACUUAAAGUCUCCUAACCGAGUGCCAAUAUUAGAUCUCACCCGAGAAUUUUUAGUUCGGGCAUCAUAAAUUAAGUACACGAUAAUUAAAAUUUUUAAACUGUUAGUGUAAUGCAUCCAUACCGACAAUUAUUGUAAGUUUAAAUUGUAAAGUAUUUCACAUUUACUAUACUGUUUAAUAAACGGGACCAUUUUUAUUGUUCAAUUGUAUACAGAAUAAUUUAAAACUUUAAUGAAUUGUUACCCUAUUGAUUAUGUAUUCAAAUUUUAUGAACCCUCGCUUUUGUGCAUAAUAUUUUUACUGUAGAAAAAUACCUGUAUUAUUAAUAUUGUAGUUUUUAAUUGUGUUUUAGUUUUAUGUUUUAAUGUGCUGUCCGAAUUGUACUUUUUUGUCAACUAACGAUAUAAUUAAACAUUUUUUGUUUUAAUAAUUAACGCUCUCUUUUAAAAAUAUGUUCUAUGUUCAAAAUAACGAAGAAACUUUUAUAGUUCAACACAAUGGAUCUUUAGUAUCAGUUCAUUGGAGCACAUGUAUAGUCAAUAAAUCUAUACUAUAUAUUUAUCAUUGACUACAUUUCUCUUAUAAUAAUAAUAACUUUAAGAAAUUUUUUUGGGUUUAGAUUAAUAAUAAUCAUUUCUUGUUUUAUAAGUGGUUAAAUAUUUUUUAGAUUCCUUAUAAGGUUACCAAUUUUAGCUUCGAUGCGAAGCUGAGAAGGUAUUAAUUUUACCAUGAUGUAUUAAUUUUUUUUUUGUGUCUGUCAUUACAUUUCUUAGCUCUCAGUGGACCAAUUUUUCUCAACGAUACGUCAAAAGAUCACAAAUUGUAUCUAGUUGAAGACAUUACUCUCAAAAAUUAAAAAAAUUUCUCUCGUUUCCCUUAAAUGGUGAAAAUCACCCAAAAAAUUACGAUUUCUAAAAUCGGUAAAUUUUGACAUUUUUUCACUUUUUUUUUCUUAAAUCUGCCAUAACUUUAAAAGUAUACGAAACAAAUUUAUUUUUUUUAAUAUGCAAACUUUAGGUAUUUUUCUUUUAAUUGAUUUAAAUUUUUUCAAAAUUCGACCAUUUACUUGCCUACAGGGUGUUAAACUUAAUACAAAAUAGUAACUUUUUAACAAAAAUCAAUUUUUAAACAUUACUUUUGAAAAUGUUCCGGAAAUAUUGCGUCUUUUAAACAUAUGUUAAAGCUUAUGUUACAUUCUAUAAAUCGAAAAAAAAAUUUAUCACGAC